AUGCGGCGGGUGCGCAGCUCCAACACAGCCCUGCAAAAGAAGUUGGACGACAAAACCCGGAUGCUUGAACAAGAGCAGGAGUUCAAUGCAGCUCUUGUGGAUGGCCUUCGUCAAGUAGGUACACGGACAUGCUCCGAAGCUUCGGGCAGGUAUGAGACAGUUGCUUGUUGGGAGUACCUGGAGCGAGAGCCGGACUCAUGGAGACGAUAUCUCCCGGAUGCGGAACAGUCCUUAGAAGAAGCACACUGGGGCAAAUUGCCGGAGCUGACGAUCAUUGGAUCGGGUUUCAGGUAUCUCAUCAACUUUUCUGCCAGGACUCAAACAAAUGUGGAGACAAGAAAGAAACGCACUAUAUGCAGACGAGAAAUUCCUUUGCACGCUGAUGCCACACUCAAGAUGACUACGGAAACUGAGCACUUGCGUGGAGAGAACCAACACUUGAAUUCGGUCCUUCGCAAGAAGACUGAAGAGAUCCAAGAACUGGAUAAAGAGGUUCACAGCAAGGCAAGACAUAUCGAUGACUUGCACUGGUCCGUCCAGUGCUUACAUGAGUCUGCCAGAAAGACUGAUCAGCAGUAUGCGAAGUUGCACUCUGAACAUGCCGCAUUGAAGAAUUAUAUUCAUGAGUCCGAUAAGCUUCAGUCAGAACUGGAGCAGGACAGGCGAAGAUAUUGCAAGAUACUUCUUUCCCAGCUUCCCCCGAAACCAUUGGACGAGUCGGCGAGACAUGUUUGCAGAAGCUUGAGUGUAGAAGAUCCGAAGUAUGCUUUUCUAUCACGGCAACUUCAAUCCUCCAUCGUCGGCCAUCGCUUGAGACUUGGCUCUGACCUUUGGUGCGAUCCAGCAAGGGUCUCUGUGACACGCAUCGAGGAGUUGGUUCACCCCGAAUCAGCUGCUUUAUGA